AUGUUUCAUACCGUAAAUUUGACACUCAUCUUAGCUGUACUAGUGUGUACUGUGUUAUCGCGAGAGAACUCGGACGGACCCCAAAACGUCCUUCUCAACGAAGCUGUCAAGACAUUGCUGGGGUUCAAAGAUGAAGUCCCGAGGGACAAGCAUUCUUCCCCAUACGGCGUAGGCCAGGAGGCUCCGAAAUACAUGUUGGACCUUUAUGAAAGAUUCCGAAAUUCUCAAAUAUCAAAGGGUCAUCUGUCAGGGAACACUGUCCGGAGCAUCCACGCCGAAAUAGCUGAGGUGAACGGUGAGGAGAUGUUUGUAUUCAACCUUACGUCCAUCAUACCCUCAGAAAGGUUACUUAGUGCAGAAAUUCACUUGUACAAGAGGCAGAUGAAGAAAACCAGACGACGUCGACGAGAUUUGGAAUUACUGAUGUACGAAAUAGCACCUCACUACAUGACAGAAAAUGGCAAAAUAACAAUGAGAGCGGAAAGUUUUGGAUGGCAGUGGUAUGACGUCACAAAUGCUGCUUUAAGUUGCCUAGCAGCGAGAAGGAAUAUUCCGCAUCUGUUCGCAUUAAAUUUUCAAGUUGAAAAGCACAAUGGUAAAGUGAAAGACGUAGCACUAAAAAAAUUCAUUCGACAUCAUUCCAUGCCUUUUCUUAUAAUUUAUUCAAAUGAUACUCAUAAUAACGAACUGGAAUCAUUGGAAAAUUUAGCGGAAAAAAUGCAUAAAGAAAAGAAGGAAGAUAGUGACUUUGUAAAUAGUAAUACUGACACUUUUGUCGACUUUUCCAGAAGAUUUAAAGUCGAUAAAUUCAAUAGUGAGGUCGAUUCAAAUGACCUUUCUCAAGAUAAAACAUCAAAAAAUGUGCAGAGACGUCAAAAACGCUCAAUUUUUGAUAACGAAAUACCAGAGGUCCCAGAGGAAUAUGACACCUUUCACCGGAAGUUCAAUAUUCCUCAAACUCAUCCGGACAUUUUACAAUCACGACGGGAAAGUCGACACAAAAUAUCCGAUUCUCGUUUGAUUCCAUAUCCAGAUGGAGACAAGCGAAAAAAUAGGAAGAACAAUCGGAAAAACAGGAAAAAUAGAAGGAAAAAUAGGAGACGAAAGAAUAAAAAUGCUAACCUCCUUUUCCCCAAAGAGUGGGAUAGGUUUCGGGGAAGCGCAACACAGGAAAACCAAAUUAGUGAUACAUGUAGCAAGAGGAAGCUUAUUCUGGACUUCGCAGAUAUCGGCUGGGAGGACAAGAUCAUCGCUCCUAAAUCUUUCGAAGCUCACUACUGCGCAGGCUCAUGUCCAUUCCCACUUACCAAGAAGCUGAGACCGUCCAAUCACGCCACCAUUCAGAGCAUGGUGCACGCCAUUGGAAUACAUACAGACGUGCCGGCGCCUUGUUGUGUCCCCGAGUCUCUCUCCUCCAUCACGCUUCUCUUCUUCGACAGCAACAGGAAUGUCGUACUCAAGAAUUACCCCAGCAUGUCAGUCAAGGCGUGUGGCUGUAGAUAA